UUGUGUAUUUAUACCUGUCUGUUCCUUCAGUUCUUUGUCAGUUUGUGGUCACUGUACCUUGGUGCUUGCAGCUAUCAUUUUUUUGCUCCUUGUGUUUCAAGUCAGCCAGUUUUUUUUUUUUUUGUUUGUUUUUUUGUCAUCGUCUGCCAGCGACCAGAGUCUGGUUAAACAAUUAUUUUCUUCAGUUCCUGUCACCUGCCUGUUGUUUCUGCAUUUGGGUCCACUUGCCUGCAUAACCGUGACAAGAUUAGAAUUACUCCUGUGGUCCAGAGAGGACUUGGUUACCUGUUUCCCUACUUUUUCCUGUGAUUAUUGUAGGUUUUGUCAUCAUUAUUAUUAUUACAAGAGCAGAGAGAUGGUCUGGAUGGAGCAGUACAAACUUUCCAGCUGAGAGUUAAUUUGGUCCUUGAAAGCUCUGUAAUGGUUGAGGAUUGAGGUUGAAGAGUGAAAUGAAAUUCCUCACACUGGUAUUGUCUUUCCAUCUCUGAGUCAUCUGAAAUCAAGAACCCCACACCAGCUGGCCAUCAUGAAUGCCUCUGUCCCACCACUCACCAACAACACCCCCCCACUCUGCUACUCCAUCAACAGCCCUCCAUUCAAGCACUCCCCUUCCAUCGCCUCAGCCUACUUCUCAUCCAUUUUCAGCUUUUUGGGUCUUACCUCCAACCUCAUCGCCUUCAUAGUUCUCAUAAAGUCUUUCCGGCGGACACAUAGCCGAUCACGAUCCUUCUUCCUUAUCUUCCUGGGUGGCCUGGUGGUCACUGACUUCAUGGGUCUUCUGGUCACAGGCUCCAUUGUGGUCUCCUUCCAUGUCACGCACUUCAAUUGGCGACAGAUAGACCCGAACUGCCACUUCUGCAACUUCAUGGGCAUGUCCAUGGUCUUUUAUGGAUUGUGCCCUCUGCUGCUUGGUGCUGCCAUGGCCGUGGAACGCUUCAUUGGCAUCAACCUUCCAUUUGCACGCUCCACCAGCAUGCCAAAGGGCCGGACAGUCUCCAUGGUGCUGAUGGUGUGGUUGAUCGCUGGUUGCAUAGCUUUGCUGCCCCUAUUGGGCGUUGGGAGCUACCACAUGCAGAUACCCGGUUCCUGGUGUUUUUUCAACAUCAGCUCUGAGGGAAAUGACCUGGCCUUCUCCCUGCUCUUCUCACUGGUUGGGUUGACGUCCAUCGCUGUGUCAUUUUUAUUGAACACCGUGAGCGUGGUGACCCUGAUCAAGGUUUGCUGUGGACAGGACAGUACCCAGCGUCGCCGAGACCAUGAAGUGGAGAUGAUGUUGCAGCUUAUCCUGAUCAUGGUCAUAGCUUCUAUCUGCUGGUGCCCCCUCCUGAUCUUUAUUGCACAAACUGUUUUAUCCGGAGGUCAUCUCCAGGUCAAAUACCUACUGCUAUGGCUACGCUUCGCCACCUGGAACCAAAUCCUGGAUCCCUGGGUAUACAUCCUGUUUCGCAGGGCAGUCCUUCAGAGAAUCUACCCCCGGCUUAACUGGUCCCGGGGCUCCAUCAUGACCUUGUACCCGUCUUUUAGCGACACCAUUCGCAGGUUCACACGCUCUUCACUUGGAAGCACCCUGGGCUCGGAUGAAACAGGAGAGACUGGGAAAGCAAAUGUAACACCCCCAUCUAUGUUGAAACCACCUCCUCCUUCUCCAUGAAUGUGAUUUGAGUUGAGAUUGCAUGACGCCAUUGGGGUUUUUGUAUGUGUUCUGCUCUCUGAGUUUUCCUGUUGACUGUGACCAGGAUAAGCAGCAAGAUUGCACCUUAAACCUGAAAGGAUUAAACAUUGUUAUGCUAUUGAAUACCA